AUGGGACAAACACUAUCAUCAGAUGAGUCUGUAAAUAAAUCCAUGGGACAAACACAAUCAUCAAGUGAGUUGGCGGAAGAAAAGUAUCAAAGAUAUCGAAAAUUAGCACAUGAUGAAGCACAACGUCGUCGACCAAUAACUGAAAUCGACCUUCAUGGACUAUAUGUAAAAGAAGCAAUGGAUAAGACCGAAUCGCGUAUUCAACAUUGUAAAGCUAAUAAAAUUGAUCAUUUAGUUAUAAUUGUUGGUCGUGGAAAACAUUCAAGUGGUUUAGCUAAGUUAAAACCAGCAAUUAUCAACUUAAUGAAAAAAUAUCAAUUAAGAUGUACCCCAGAUAAACCAACUGUUGGUUGUUUAUAUGUAGAAUUUGGACUCCCCGGAGAACCAAUCAAUAUAGGAUGGUUCGAUAAUAUUACAAAUUGUAUUAUUUGUUAA